CGGGAAGGAAGUCUGGUAUCAUCUCUCGCAGGACACGUCCACGUAGAUGUCUUCAAUAUGCAAAAUGAGGAAUCAGCCGUGUUAAUUUACAAAUACACGACUGAGAUAGUCUAGUAAUUGCUUUUCAGUUUGUAGAUUUAAUUCAGUUUGUUUGAUUUUUUAUCGUAGUUUUUCGGAAUGCGUCGUUCAAUUACUCGCAUCUUGUUCGGCAUAUUUGUACAAUGGCUCACUUUGUUACCCUUGUCCCAAGCGAUGUUGAACGGGUUUACCACCAUCGUAGAGGCAGGAAAAGUGAACUGCUUUUACGAGAAUAUGGAAGUUAAUAAAACCUUGGAAAUGGAAUAUCAGGUGAGAGUUAUGAACUUAGGUAUACCACUGUACAUCGCAUAUUAGUGCAGUGUCCUAUCUGAGGGUUUCGAUAAAAUAUUUACUUUAAGUUCUCUUGUUAAACUUACAAAACACAUUAGAACUGUUUAAAAGGCAGAAUGAAUUAUCAGCACGUAAGCUUUAUUCGAACGUCUUCGUGAAAAUUUAUCCCGAUAGAAAUUUUUUCACUUAAUAUUUCACGGUAAAUCGCCUGCCUCUAUUGGAAACUUAAACAAUAAUUUAUCGGUACUCUGCUAGGCAACUAAUGGCGUUCAGAAAUAUGAAAUUUGUAUUUCAUUCUAGGAGCUUGAAUUGAGCCAAUGAUGAUAAGUGUUUCUCUAGAAUUUGAAUACCAUUAGAAAAUGAAUAUUUUUAAAACUUCGUCUAAUAAUCAUCACGUUCCGACCUUUGUGGAAAACAGCACAACCUAGUCUCCUGGUUAAAUUUGAUAUAUUUCAAUUUCUCUGCAAUUAGACAGAAGCUUCACAAUUUAACAUCUAUCCCAAUUUCAACCUGCUGGCAGGCGAGGAAAACCUUAAAUUAAUUUCUCAUUUGCUGAAAACAACAGGCUGGUAAUGAAUAAAGGGGGUUAGUUACUAAAGAGACUGUGGUGCUGUGCUAGUGGAAGUGUAACAAGAUAAUUUGGUUUUAUCAACUAAGUUGAUAGUGUAAAUUGGCCACCAUAAGGAGUUUCAAAGCUGACAUUUAGAGCAUUAGCCCUUCAUCAGAGCAAAAGAUGAAGGGCAUUGAUGUUGGCAUUGAAACUCUUUACAUUAUCAGCUCAGAAUAAUUUUCGUAAUAAGAUUUGUAUUAUGAGACAAUACUUCAACAUCAUAUUUUUCAAUUGGAUUUAAAGAAGGAAAUACAGACAUAUGGCCAUAAGUUUCAUGGGUGGAUUGGUUAACCAUAUUUCUUAGGUAUGAAGGCUGACCAGAAGCUCUGUUAUACCAAGGAUGGUAAAGUAAAUUUCUUUGAUUGAAGGCAAACAGACCUUUUAUGCUGAAGAAAAAUAUAACCUGUUUUAGUUUCUUAAUCAUAAUGAUAUUAACACUUUUACUAUAUUGCCACUUAAACAAAAUUAUGUAAGGUUUUCUCAGAUGUCAUGUUCUGUUAUUUUGAAUGGAAGCCUUUGAAAGAUAUACGACAAGUUUGUAAGAAGCCAUUGCUAGGUGAAAGUGAUAACAGAUUUGGCUCACAUGAAAACCAUCUUAUCCUUUGUGUUUUUAUUUCAUUUUUUUUCUUUCUGCAAUUGCACAGGUGGUUGAAGGAGGGGGAGAAAUGGACAUUACCUUUCAAGUGAUUUCUCCUAGUGGAGCACUGGUAGUGGAUGAUCAAAAGAAAACAGAUGACUUACAUACUAUCCAAGCAGAUGAGAAAGGAGUAUAUGCAUUCUGUUUUGAUAAUUCAUUCAGUACACUGGCAGAGAAAACUGUCUAUGCAGACUUAGGACUUGAAAGUGAUGACAUAGACAACUGGUUAUCAGAGCUGGAGGGAGACAAAAGUAUAGAAGACCAGCAGCUACAAGUUGAAAGUUUACGGGUAUUGCUAAUAAAUAUACGAGUUUACUUAACACAGUAAAAUGUGCCUUUCAAAACUAUGCAUAGUGAGGCCAUGUUGUGUUGUCAGAUUUCAUGCAAGACUGGGAACUAUUCAUUUAAAAUGUUCCAGAGUUUCCAUGUUUGCACAAAACAUUGGGCAAAUUCUAAACAUGAAAUCCAUUUAAACAUUUAAAUCUGAUCCUUGUUAAGUUUGCGUUUGAUUCCAUGUAAUGCAGGGGACAACUUUAGAGAGACUAGCACUCCAUCUAUAAUUGGCUAUAGUGCUGGUUGCUUCUUAAUACAGAGUGCAGGAUAGGCUCUGACAACUGAGCGAGUCACUCUUGUAUGCAGGCUUUAGCUUUCUUUGUUAAACUGAGCUAGAAUGGAUGAUGGAUGUUUCAGUAUUGGAAAACACAUGUUGUAGAUCAAAGUUAAUUACAAGUCAGGAUGAGUUCAAGCAAGUCUGUCAUAUAGUCUCCCUAGUUCUACAUUACCAAAUCCAUUACACAAUGAAAAAUCUAAACCCUAACCAGAGUUAAAUAAUUCAUUCUAAGAGUAUUUUUAACCCCAACCUACAUAUUUAAAGGCCUAUGUUCAUUAACCUUUGUAUCCUUUUGUUGACAGACCACACUUGAGAAUAUAAAAAUGCAGUUGGAGAAAGCUCAGGGUUAUCAGACCUACCUUACAAAGAAGAAUGUAAAGAGUCAUUUUCUUGUAACUAGGAGUGGAAGUAGAGUGUUUUGGUGGUCUCUUGUACAAAGUGUUGCCCUUGUUGGAGUGGCUAUAUGCCAAGUAUUAAUUGUGAAGAAUUUCUUUGGUACUAAUAGUACUGGACAAAGGAUUUGAACAUUUUUUUUUUAGUUUAUUCCGAGUUUUAGUGAUGAUCCCUCUACAUUUGCAGUUUCUUUGGGGGUGAACACUGUUAUCUUUACUGACUGUUUUCUCAUUUGCUUUUGCUAAGUCUUGAUAUGAAGCUAGCUGAUGACAGAAAAACACAUCUUUUUCUUUCUAGAACAAUUUUUUAAAUAAUAUUUAGAGCUUUAUAUUGAUUUCAGUAAAAAAAAUAUCUUUUCACUACUAAAUAAUACAAGAGUUUCACUAUCCAACUUGAUGGUGAUGAUGCCUUCUAGAUACAGGACUUGAAACUUCCUGUGAUCAAGUGUGGUUUGUUUUCUCUUGAACAGACUCUGAAGGAAAGAUAACAUUGUGUCUAGGUUUGUCCUACAGAAUGGCAGUGUAAUCAGACUAUCACCUUGACAUGUUGCAUACUGAUGAAAAUGUUUUCCCUGUUAAGGAGAUUAUGUAGCAAAAUUGUCAUGAACACAGAUUGACUUACAUGUAGGAUUGCUCUUUUGUCUUGCAAAUAAAUGACAUUAAAAUAAUUAUUUUUAAAAAGUGGGGCAGACAUUAAGUCAACAUUUAACAACCAAUGAAUAAGCAGAGAUAUCAAGAGAAAUUAUGAUAAGAAAGGAAUGUAAACUGUGCUAGAUCAGUAGUACAGACAGAAAUACUUACAAAUUUUCCUAACUGAUAUAAAGAAAUCCCACCAGGAAAGUUUUACAUUAACACGUUUCUCUGCAUCAAAGUUUGCAACAUGAAAUAUGUGCCUCCUGAAGACAUUAUGACUUAAUUGUGUAGAAAAACAAGUUGUUGGCUAAAGAAUGUUAUUUUGAUUAAAGUGGCAUUUUGGACACAUCUGUGCUCUUGAAACAAUACAAAAGUUGUUUACCCAAAUGUUUAUUCAUUAUGCUACAAAUUUCAAACUAAGCACUGAAUGUAGUUAUCAGCUUCCAAUCAAUUUAGCCUGUGGAAUACUCCUUCAACAUUUGAUGUGAAGUAAGUCUACUUUAUUAAAAAUAUUUUUUAAAGAAAAUACUGACUAUAACCUUUGGGAUUUUAAUGGAGCAAAAAAGCCCUUUAUGAAUUAAAAGUGUCAUGUUAAUGGAUGAAGUUCAUGGAAAUCUUGAGGAAAUCAAUAAUUCCAUUAUCUAGGCAUGGAAAACCAGAUAUUUGAUUAUGGGAUUGUGUAAAGUCAUGGAGAAUUCCUGAAGAUGAUAGUUUUGAGAUUGGUCUAGGGAUAAUGCCUUCAUAGCGUGAAUUUUUUGACAUAAUUUCAAAUUUACUUUUUUUAUGGCAAGUUAUGGAGAACAUCGAAAAAAGUCAUUGAAAUGAUCAUAGAAAGUCAUAGACUUUAACAAAUUUGUAAGAUUAAGAACUCAAUCCUGGUCACCA